AUGCAAAUAAUUCAACCAACAGAGCAUAAAGUAAAACAGCCAAGAAACAAAAGAAACAGCGGAAUGAAGCACUCCGCAGCAAUGGCCAAAGAAGAAAGAAUGAACCAGGAGAAAGUCAUCAGCAGAAAAAAGAAGGCCUUGGAAGGAGCACUCAAGUGCCCCCCCGCAAUUCAGCAGUUCAAAUACAAGAUGGACGAAGAGACAAAAGACAAAAUCGAAGAGAUCUUCAAGAGAUACACGCCAGAGACCCCAGAAGAGAAGGCCAAGAGAAUAGAAGAGGGAAGAGAGAAACAGAAGGUGUCCCUGCAGUUUGGCAUCAGACAGAUUGUAAAACUGAUCGAGAAAAAGAAGGCAAAGCUUGUCCUUAUCGCAAAUAAUGUAGAUCCAAUUGUUGUUGUUCUUUUCCUCCCCUCUCUCUGCAAGAAGAUGGGCGUCAGCUACGCCAUAUACGACAGCAAAGAGAGACUCGGAGCAAUGGUCGGAAGAAAAGCCGCAGCCUGCGUCGCCAUAGAAGAAGUAGUGCCAGGUCUGGAGCCGCUGAUCAGCGAAGUAGACGAGCAGUUCUCAAUGAAAUACAAGGAGACUAUGAAAAAAUGGGGAAAGCCUGCAAGAGAAAAUAAGUAA